AUUUCAAGAUCACCCACGCUCUGCUGAGACCAGGAGACAUUAUUAUCUUUUGAGGUCAUGACCACCUUAACCAUAUAUGCAUCAAUGGAGAAAUAUUUGUCUGAGGAAUUUGGAGUAUAAAAGCAGCCCAUCACCUUGAAAGAGGUUCAGUUCUUCCCAAAUUAUUGAAAGGAAAAGUAUCUUCUCUGUUGGAAAAAAUGCGCUUUCUUCUUUUCUUGUCCUGUGUUUUCUUUCAAAGAAUCAAUUCUUAUCCCAAAGAUCACGUUGAAGAAGUCUUCCAAUGGAAGAAGGUUGAAUUUGAGAAUCUUCCACAACCAGAAAAUUCAUACGUUGGACCCUAUCCGUACUACAUCCCUGAGAAUGUUGAUGUAACAUCUGCUGGAGGAUAUCAUCCUGCAAGUGGACUCUUUCUUACAAUUACAGCAAGAUUCAGGCCAGGAAUUCCCACCUCUUUUGGAGCUUUUUGCGUUCAUGAGUACAAAUAUUUGGGAUCAAGUCCUAAAAUUUGGGGUUUUCCAAACUACGAGAUGAAUGCAUUUAGACCUGAAGAUUUUGCCGGAGGAUCUCUUGAGGAAAAUCAAGGAAGCAAAACUAAAAAUAAUGCUGAGGAAUUGAGAAUUCUAGAAAAUCCUCUAAAUGCAACAAAAAAUAAAGACGAGGAUGAAGAAAGAAAAGGCUACAAGAAUAAAAAUCAAGAUCAUGGAAGCUACGGAAACAAUCCUGUUGUCCAGAUCCCUAUCUAUUCGAAACCUACAUAUCCUGUUGCACAGACGAAGGAUAACACGAGGAUCAUUUCAGUUUUUUACACGAUUAUUGAUGAAAAAUGCAACAGAGCUCUCUUCAUGGACAACGGGCAGGUGGUUUACUACAGGAAUACAACUUACCGCAUUCAGAAGCCAGCUAUUCUCGUUGUGGAUCUUCCAAUUGAUGGUUGUGAGACCAGAAACUUCCCCAUCUUUCGUCGAUCGGAGAUUCCUCGUAGGAUUGCUCAAAAAGGACCAGAUGGAUACAUGGCUCCAGCAAUUGACUACCAAUCGGAUUCAUGCGAUGACUUCUUCCUCUACAUUCCAAAUGGAUUCUACAAUUUCUUCCUUGUCUAUGACUACAAGAGAGAUGAAUUCUGGGCAUUUGAUCAUGAAUCAUUCCUUCCGGUUGUAGCUGAAUCGUUCUUUGUGUUUAGGAAGACUUUUCACUACGAUCUACCAAUUGGGGCAUUUGCCGUAUCCCUUGGCUUCCCGGAUAAGUACGGAGAUAGGCUUGCUUACUACACCCAAAUGGCAGGAACUGCCCAAUUCUCCGUCUCAACGAGAGUGCUCAAAAACCGAAGGAAAUCCCCGGAAAAUUACAGCAAAUAUGAUUUUAGAAUUAUGGGUUACAGAGGAUCAGGUCAUCAGGCCAUGAGAACCGCCAUAGACUACACGUACGGCGUGAUGUUCUACUCUGAAGUUCAAUCAACGCAAAUCCGCUGCUGGAACAUCCACAAACCUCUCAUUCCUGACAAUAUUGUGGUUGUUUUUCAAUCUAAAAAAGUCCAAAUGGGUAUUUACAUUGCUGUUGAUUCCUUGGGUUAUCUUUGGUUCCACAGCUCUCACAUUCCCAUCGACUACACCACGGCAAUCCCACUGAAUCUCGAGGAAGUCAACUCCAGAACUUUUAGGAUGAAGAUUGAGGAUGCAAUUAGGGGGACUGUUUGUGAGAAUUGAGUGUAAAUUGAACAAGUUUCUUUAAAUUACUAUUAGAUUUAAUUAAAUUACCUUAGAUUCUU